CUCAUGUUGAUUGAUCGUCAUAGCUACCUUGCCUGCGUAGGCUCACAUGGCAUCUAUUGACCCUUUUACGAUUCAACAAUACUGUCGAUAGGUGCAGAAUAUCAGCUGCAAAAUGUCGGGAAUCAUCAAGAAGAUUGAGGCCAAGCUGGGCGACCACGAGAACGUUUCAUCUGAUCCCAAUGUGGCACCAAGCUCAGGCGAAGGGCAUGGCAUGAACCAGGGUUUCGACAAGGACAAGAGCUGGAUCCAGAACAAAGUCGAGGCGGGACAAGGUGCGGACCCGCAGGUAUGUACUGAUUGACUCUUGUCGUGCAAGGCAUCACUAAUUGUGUUUUCCGGGGUUGACCAGAC